GUCUACGUGAAGCUAAAAGGAAGUCUCAGCUUCUUGAAAAGGCAUUGAAAGAGGCUAAUGAUGAUCUAAAUGACAAAGUAGUGAACCUUGAGAGAAACUUGAAAGACUUACGAGCCUACAUUAAAAGAAAGGAGUCAGAGGCUGAGAAAUUAGAAAAAAGAUGCGACAAGACCCCUAGCGCUGUAGAAAAUAUGCACCUCGACUCCGUUCAACCUUUGAGAGCUAAAGACACGAACAUUUCUGCAGUAAAUAAUACCCUGGUGUCAACCCCUUUGUCUUAUCCACCCUCUGUCCAUGGCCAGCCAUCCAGCAUGCCCAGCCAGUCUCACACUACUCCCUGUGACAUCAGUGAGCCAGGUCCUCCAAGUGACGGUAUUGGAGAGAACAGUCAAUCAAAUGCACAAUUUCAACACUUAAAUGUACAAGGAACGUGUAGCAAUGUUGACGAGCAAAUGUAUAGAGAUGGAAACAAUUACGUACCUCAAGCUCAAAGUCACGGUGCUGUUGCAUCACGUGGGGCCAAUGACCCGGUUGUCCCUCACCAUCUUUCCAACUCGACUGUCAACCCCCAAAGCAAUUAUCGUGACCACAACUGGGCUCUCCAGCAACAGUACAACCAGGGUACCCACUAUCCUUUCAAUUAUAGCGUACCACAGCUGUACCCUCAACAAAGGCAGCCUAAUUAUCAACAACAGCAGUGGCACGGUCAAAACCAACAACAGUACUAUGAUGGCCAAUGUCCCGAUGUAUACAGUCAGCAACGUCAAGACCAAUAUCAUAGUCAAGACCCACAGCAACAAAUGUGGCAGACUAAAGGCCAUCAGCAGUAUCAUGAUCAACAUUUUGACCAACAACCCGAUGUACACCACUACCAACAACAAAAUCAGUAUGAUGCACAGUCAGCACGUAGGAAUUUACCUAUCGAUUUGCAAGGUGAUAGUCAUUCUCAACGACCUAUCUCACAUGAAAACACAUCAACACCAGUGACUCCGGAGAAUGCCUCAACCUACAGCUCAUACGGUAGCGCUCGAACUAGCAGUGAUAUUGGUGUGGAUGUACCACCCCCUACGGCUCAAGAAAAGCCCAAACCAAAGCCCCGAAUGUUGAACCCUGCUCGACAAUCUGAUCGUAAACUAAUUGAAGUGGGACGGCUUGAGAGGCCACGGAAUGUACCAGCGAAUAACUACCCCUCCCAAUGGCAAAGUUGUCAGCCUGGUCUUCCGUAUGAACAGCCACAGUCUCCACCACACAACAACCAACAACAUGAUUACCAGCAAACGCAGCAGAAUUGCAGAUACCAGAAUAUUCGUUUACAGCAACCCCAGUGGCAGAGCAAAAGCAAUGUCGGCCACUCCGAUGGAAUCAUUCAAACCAACAUGGAGAAAUCUGCACAAGUUUGUGAGGCCCUUGAAGGAGGUCUAGCAGAUUAUCAAUCGCUGAUUAAGAGAUUACAGGAUGGAUUGGCUGCAUUUCAAAGUGAUCACGAAGUCCUAAGGAAGGUAACUGAAGAGCGGGACCAUCUCUUGAGGGAGAUAGAAUACAUGACAAGUGAUCGUGAUAAUCUCUUGCGGGAAACAGCUGGUCAGAGGGAAAUCAUCCAGCACGAACAGAAAAGCAAUGAAAAGAAGUGUACACAUUUAACUGAAGAAAUUGAUAGGGUUAGGGGUGAGUGUACAAAGCUACUCACGUCUCUUAAGCAAUGCCGAGAAGAAUCAGAGCAGAGCAUAGCUGAAGUGAGAGGUCGUUGUGAGCAAGAAACCAAUAGAAGGAUUCAACAAGAGAGACAGGCUCAUAGGGUGUUUAAGCAACUGGACAGACGUGUGAAGGAGCUGAUCAUAGUAUACCUUAAGGAUAGGGAGGUUGUCAGGCCCUCACGACCUUACAGCCAAGAGGUUAAGGCUUCUAUAGUGAACUCAAAGAAAUCCAUCCAGUUUUCUGAGCAAAAUCGAAUUGGAAAAGGCAGUUUUGGAUCUGUGUAUGCAAUCAAAUUGAAUGGGACUCCAUGCAUCGCUAAGCGUCUACACGACAUACUUAUGGGGCGUGGCAAACUAGAAGAUGUUGCCCUUCAGGAAAAACGAGCGGUUCAUGAAACUUUUUGCCGUGAGUGUAUCUUAAUGAGACAAGCAAAACAUGCCAAUGUUGUUAAAUUCAUUGGAGUACAUCGGUAAAGAUGAGUUUGAUCUGACACUGUUUAUGGAACGGCUUCACACUGACCUUGAGGUGUACCUCAGCAGUACCCCAGACGUACCUCUUCCCACUAAGAUAUCGAUUCUUCACGAUGUCUCCUGUGGACUACUCUAUCUCCACGAGGAGUGCUCUAUCAUCCAUCGUGAUCUCACAGCUGCUAACAUUCUCCUAACAGCCGACAACCGAGCCAAGAUAGCUGACCUUGGUGUCUCGAGAAUUUUCGAUAGAACUUUUUUACAACUCUCAAAGAUUCCAGGCACUCUUCCAUACAUGCCUCCUGAAGCUCUCAAAGACAGUGCCAAAUACGACGAAAGCCUUGACGUCUUUUCAUUUGGCGUUCUCACUCUUUGUGUGGGGAUUCAGAUGUCACCUGAUCUCUCCUGGGAUCAUGUGCCCGAUGAUGUCCAUGCCAAGGGGGAACAGGAGAUCUUUAAGAGAAAAAUGUGGAUUGAGAUGAUGGAACAAAAACAACCUGAACUAAUCUCGCUUGUCCUGUGGUGUUUGUCUGAUGACCCCAAAAGCCGACCCAGCACUUAUUGUAUAAACGUUACCCUUCAAGAAAUGAAACAUGACCUUUAGCGCUCUAUAAUUAUAUAACAUGUACUAUAGUUAAUUAAACUUAAAUUUGCUUUUAUGUUUCCUGUUAGUGCUUCGGAAUCCCUGUAUAUGUAUAACUAUUCAUUGUGUGCGCAUUUGUUGUUUCACCUAUUAUAUACGUAUCUAUAAUUAUGAUAUUAUUUGUGUGAAAUGUUUUGGGUGGUUUUAUUAGUGAUAUUGAUUAUGUGA